UGCACCACCUCCGCACUAGACCUUUUCUCUUUCUUUCUCACCUCCAUCACCAAAUCCUAACCCACUCUCAUUCAUCAUUCCUCCUUUACCUUCACAUUCAUUCUUUGCAUCUUUUUUAUUGGUAAUAAUUGGUAGCUACCAGAGAUGUUGAUCAACGUGAAAGAGUCGACGGUGGUGCGUCCGGCGGAGGAGACACCACGAAAGGCGUUAUGGAACUCCAACGUCGACUUGGUGGUUCCAAAUUUUCACACACCAAGCGUGUACUUUUACAGGCCAAACGGCACGUCCAAUUUCUUCGAUGCUAAGAUUAUGAAGGAAGCUCUAAGCAAGGUGCUGGUCCCGUUCUAUCCAAUGGCAGCCCGUCUCCGCCGAGAUGAAGAUGGUCGUGUUGAGCUUUAUUGCGAUGGUCAAGGGGUGCUCUUCGUCGAUGCUGAUACCACCGCUUCCGUUGAUGACUUCAGUGACUUUGCUCCAACACUUCGCCUCCGUCAGUUAAUCCCAGCCGUGGAUUAUUCUGCUGGUAUUGAAACGUAUCCAUUGUUGGUGUUACAGGUAACACAUUUCAAAUGCGGAGGAGUAUCGUUAGGCGUUGGUAUGCAACAUCAUGUAGCAGAUGGAGCAUCUGGUCUUCACUUCAUCAAUUCAUGGUCAGAUGUAGCUCGUGGCCUUGAUGUUUCCAUCCCACCGUUCAUUGGCCGAACACUACUCCAUGCUCGUGAUCCACCUCGACCUGUUUUUGAUCACAUUGAAUACAAGCCUCCACCAUCAAUGCAACAUGCUAAACAAGGCUCAGACACUAGUGCUAGUGUAACCGUGUCAAUCUUCAAGUUAACCCGUCAACAACUCAACAUCUUGAAGGGUAAGUCAAAAGAAGAUGGAAACACUAUCAACUAUAGCUCCUAUGAGAUGUUGGCAGGUCAUGUAUGGAGAAGUGUAAGCAAGGCAAGAGCACUUCCUGUUGAUCAAGAAACAAAAUUGUACAUUGCAACUGAUGGAAGAUCAAGGCUUCAACCUUCACUUCCACAAGGUUACUUUGGCAAUGUGAUAUUCACAACUACUCCAAUAGCAGUAGCAGGAGAUUUAAUGUCAAAACCAACAUGGUAUGCUGCUAGCAGAAUCCACAAUGCAUUGUUACAAAUGGAUAAUGAUUAUUUGAGAUCUGCUUUGGACUAUCUUGAGCUACAACCUGAUUUGAAAGCUCUUGUUCGUGGUGCACAUACUUUUAAGUGUCCAAAUCUUGGUAUCACUAGCUGGGCAAGGUUACCAAUCCAUGAAGCUGACUUUGGUUGGGGAAGACCCAUAUUCAUGGGACCUGGUGGGAUUGCAUAUGAGGGGUUAUCUUUCAUCAUUCCGAGCUCAACAAAUGAUGGUAGCUUAUCUUUGGCAAUUGGUCUGCCUCCAGAUCAGAUGAAACUGUUUCAGGAAUUGUUUUAUGACAUUUGAGGGAUUCUAAGGCGGUGCAUGUUUUCUUCCUAGCUUUUUACUUUUUAUGAAUCAAUUAAAUGUGUAAUCAUGGACUUGCUUCUGGCUUGGCAAAGUGUGUGUAAUUCUAUAGAAACAAGUGUGUUAUUAAUUUGACAUCACAUUUGGACAAGAUUUGUGAUUGCUUUCAUUGUUUUGGCGCCAAAGAUGCAUGUUCCUAACAUGAUUAUUUUUCUUCAACA